GCCAUAUUGUUAUUUACAGCGCAACGGAUUUCUAGAGAGAAAAAGAUCUUGUGGUUUUGCGUGGAUUUUCUACGGAUAACUUUUUGUCAACUACCGUGCGAAUGCAAAGGAAUUUCUAUUCUCUCAGCAAAUCACCGGUGUUUUUUAUGUUUAAUUAAAAUUAAAUUUUAUUAAAACAAUAACCAUCUUUCCGCAAAGAUGUCAAAUAUCGCGCUAGAUAAAGAAACAUUUUUCCGCCGAAUUAAACGAUUGUAUUCUGAAUGGAAGGCUCCAACUUUUGAGCACGAUGAUUCACUUAAGAAGGUAGAUUGUAUCUUGUCCUGUGUCGGCGUGGACGAGGAUGUCGCUUACAGCAAAUCAACAGCUCUACAGUCUUGGCUUCUGGGCUAUGAACUGACAGAUUCCAUUUGUGUUCUAUCAGAAAAAGCAGUUUACUUUUUGACUAGCAAAAAGAAAAUUGAAUUUUUGAAACAAAUCGAGAACAGCAAAGAAGAUGACGUCCCACCAAUUAAGUUAUUGGUCCGUGACAGGAAUGACAAAGACAAAGCAAACUUUACAAAGCUUAUUAAUGCCAUGAAAGAUUCGAAAUCAGGAAAAACGUUGGGUGUAUUCAUAAAAGAUGGAUUCCCUGGUGAGUUCUGUGAAUCAUGGAAAGUGGCAUUAAAACAAGAGAAAUUUGAGAAUGUUGAUAUUGGAGCUGCAGUGGCGUACAUAAUGUGCCCCAAGGACGAACCAGAGAUUAAUAGUAUACGUAAGGCGUCAUUGGUGUCGGUUGAUUUGUUCAAUAAGUAUUUGAAGGAUCAAAUUAUGGAUAUUAUUGAUUCGGAUAAGAAAGUAAAACACUCGAAGCUGGCCGAAGGUGUAGAAGGCGCUUUAACCGACAAAAAAUAUGUAACCGGCGUAGAUACAUCUCAAUUGGAAAUGUGUUAUCCACCAAUUAUACAAUCUGGUGGAGUUUACUCCCUUAAAUUCUCUGCCCUAAGUGAUAAAAAUUACUUACACUUUGGUGCGAUAGUUUGCUCGUUAGGUGCCCGUUACAAGUCAUAUUGUUCAAAUAUUUCCCGCACACUUCUGGUAAAUCCAACAGAAAAAACACAAGAGCAUUAUAAUUUCCUUGUCAAUGUACAAGAAGAAAUUCUCAAGAACCUCAAACCCGGAGCUAAGCUAAAUCAAAUUUUCGAUACGACCAUUGAAUUUGUAAAAAAAGAAAAACCGAAACUAUUGGACAAUCUUACAAAAACAUUUGGGUUCGCAAUGGGAAUCGAAUUCCGUGAGAAUUCCAUCAUAAUCGGUCCCAAGUGUCAGGCGGUUGUGAAGAAAGGAAUGAUAUUCAAUGUAAAUGUUGGUUUGGCAAAUUUGACCAAUAGUGAAGCAUCGGACAAGGAGGGCAAGACGUAUUCGCUCUUUAUUGGGGACACAGUGCUGGUGACCGAUACACCGCCGGCAAAUAUCAUGACUCCUUCGAAGAAGAAAAUCAAAAACAUUGGAAUUUUCAUCAAAGAAGACGAUGACGAUGAAGAGGAGGAAGAUAAGAAAGAAGAAGCCGAAGAAAAUGGCACACAGAUUCUGGGUGGUCGUAGCAAGCGAAACGCUGUUUUGGAGAAUAAACUUCGAAACGAACACAGCACCGAAGAGAAACGUAAACAACAUCAAAAGGAACUCGCCCAAUUGCUCAAUGAGAAGGCCAAAGAACGUCUUGCUAAGCAAGGAGAAUCGAAGGAAAUCGAGAAGGUUCGAAAGAAUACGGUUUCUUAUAAGAGUGUCAGUCAAAUUCCCCGAGAACCCGAAGUCAAGGAACUGAAGCUGUAUGUGGACAAAAAGUAUGAGACUGUUAUAAUGCCAAUAUUUGGUCUGCCAGUGCCGUUCCACAUUUCCACGAUUAAAAACAUCUCACAGUCAGUGGAGGGAGAAUAUACGUACCUGCGUAUCAACUUUUUCCACCCCGGUGCAACCAUGGGACGAAAUGAAGGUGGAAUUUAUCCGCAACCCGAAGCGACGUUCGUCAAAGAAGUAACCUAUCGUAGUGCCAACACAAAAGAACCUGGUGAACUAUCAGCUCCUUCAUCGAAUCUUAACAACGCUUUCCGUCUCAUCAAAGAGGUACAGAAGCGCUUUAAGACACGAGAAGCUGAGGAGCGUGAGAAGGAGGAUCUUGUGAAACAAGACACACUUGUCAUGUCUCAGAAUAAAGGUAACCCCAAGCUCAAGGAUUUGUACAUUCGUCCAAAUAUUGUUACCAAACGUAUGACUGGCAGUUUGGAAGCGCACACGAACGGUUUCCGUUAUGUCUCAGUGCGAGGUGACAAAGUAGACAUUUUGUACAACAACAUCAAGAGCGCCUUCUUUCAACCUUGUGACGGUGAAAUGAUCAUUCUAUUGCAUUUUCAUCUCAAACAUGCGAUUAUGUUUGGCAAGAAGAAGCACGUCGAUGUUCAGUUCUACACAGAAGUGGGAGAAAUCACGACGGAUUUAGGUAAGCACCAACAUAUGCACGAUCGUGAUGAUUUGGCUGCCGAACAAGCCGAACGAGAAUUGAGACACAAGCUGAAGACGGCCUUCAAGAGUUUCUGCGAGAAAGUGGAAGCAAUGACCAAACAGCAGGUUGAAUAUGAUACACCAUUCCGAGAGCUGGGCUUCCCUGGUGCACCAUUCCGUAGUACAGUACUCCUGCAACCUACUUCUGGAAGUUUGGUCAACUUAACAGAAUGGCCACCAUUUGUUAUUAGUUUGGAGGAUGUUGAGUUGGUUCAUUUUGAGAGAGUUCAGUUCCAUUUGAGGAAUUUCGAUAUGAUCUUCGUGUUCAAGGACUACAAUAAGAAAGUUGCAAUGGUAAAUGCAAUUCCAAUGAAUAUGCUCGAUCACGUCAAAGAAUGGUUAAACUCAUGUGACAUUCGCUAUUCAGAGGGUAUUCAAUCGUUGAAUUGGACGAAAAUUAUGAAGACCAUCACAGACGAUCCAGAUGGCUUUUUCGAAAGCGGUGGAUGGACUUUCCUUGAUCCCGAAUCCGAUGGUGAGGAAAACAACGAGAGUGCCGAGUCAGAGGAAGAUGAUGCAUAUGAACCCACCGAUGUGGAUGAUGAUGAUGAGUCUGAUGACGAUUCUGAGUAUUCAGAAGCGUCAGAAGAUGACAGUUAUGAAAGUGAUGAGGAACUUGGAACAGAUGAAGAAUCUGGUAAAGAUUGGUCAGAUUUGGAGCGUGAAGCAGCGGAGGAGGACCGCAACCAACAGGACCAGCAUUAUAGUGGCGGCAAGGAGAACGGCAAGAGUCGCGACUUCAACAAAAAACACUCAUCGAAGAGCUCUAAGCACAGAAGGGAACGUGAUAUUCCUCAACAAAAAAAGAGCAAAUCCUCAAAAGACAAGCACGUGUCAUCGCAUAGCAGUAGUCAUUCGAAAUCAUCGAAAGAUAAACAUCAUGACCGAAGCAAGGAUAAGCACGAUAAGAGUCGAGACAAGAACCGAAGUAGCAGUAGUCAUCAUGGCGAUAAGAAGCGUUCACGUGACGACAGCAAUGACCAUGGCCACAAGUCGAAAAAAUCAAGACGCUGAACAAAUGAAAGAAAACAAAAAAUAAGUACCGUUGAUGAGGAAAAAGUCCGAAGUCUUUGGCGCAAAGUUUGAUCUAAAAUUAAAAAAAAAAUUGAGGAUAAACCAUUGAUGAUUUUUCUGAGUCUUUUUUUGUUUGUUCAUCGUGUUUUCUGAGUCAUGUUGUUUUAUUGUCUUCUUCUUUGAAUAUCCAAAUUCAAAUGCAUUGUUCAACAUUUGUUCUUUAUUUUAUAUUCUUCGGUCAAAACAGAAAAUAAUGUAUUGGACAUAAAUUUAGUUUUCUUUAAUUUGUAGUGAGUACAUCAAAACACAUGCAAUGAUAAAAGAGUCAUUUCAUUCAAAUUCUGUUUAAUAAAGUUAAUUCAUAAAAACAAAACAAACAAAUCAAUUCCAAUGUUAUGUGAGAUAAAAAAAUAUGUGAAAACAUUAUUAUUUAAUAAAAAAAGAAAAACAAAGAAAAAUAAUAAAAAAAAUUAUCCUUUUGUAA